ACUUCCUGUCGCGGGCGGAGCCGGGAGGCUGUCAACCCGCGGGCGCGCGGCCCUUCCGCCUGCGCCGCGCGGACCUCCGGGCCGGGACCGAGCCCGCGGCCAGGAUGGCGGUGCUCAAGCUCGCGGACCAGCCCCCACUGGUCCAGGCGAUCUUCAGCGGCGACCCUGAGGAGAUCCGGGUGCUUAUCCACAAAACGGAGGACGUGAACGCGCUGGAUUCCGAGAAGCGAACUCCCCUUCAUGUGGCUGCAUUUCUGGGAGAUGCAGAGAUCAUCGAGCUCCUGAUUCUGUCAGGAGCUCGUGUCAAUGCCAAGGACAACAUGUGGCUGACCCCGCUGCACCGGGCAGUGGCUUCCAGGAGUGAGGAAGCAGUGCAAGUGCUGAUCAAGCACUCGGCUGACGUCAAUGCAAGGGACAAGAACUGGCAGACGCCGCUGCACGUGGCCGCAGCCAACAAGGCCAUCAAAUGCGCAGAGGUGAUCAUCCCGCUGCUGAGCAGCGUCAACGUCUCCGACCGCGGGGGGCGCACGGCGCUGCACCACGCGGCCCUGAAUGGCCAUGUGGAGAUGGUCAAUCUACUCUUAGCCAAAGGCGCGAACAUCAACGCAUUUGACAAGAAGGACCGGCGUGCGCUGCACUGGGCAGUGUACAUAGGCCACCUGGACGUCGUGGUCCUGCUCAUUAACCAUGGCGCAGAAGUGACCUGCAAGGACAAGAAGGGUUACACCCCACUGCAUGCUGCGGCCUCCAACGGGCAGAUCAACGUCGUCAAACAUCUCCUGAAUCUCGGGGUGGAGAUUGACGAAAUCAACAUCUACGGGAACACGGCCCUGCACAUCGCCUGCUACAAUGGCCAGGAUGCCGUGGUGAGCGAGCUGAUCGAUUACGGUGCCAACGUGAACCAGCCCAACCACAGCGGCUUCACCCCUCUGCACUUCGCCGCCGCCUCCACCCACGGCGCCCUGUGCCUGGAGCUGUUGGUGAACAACGGGGCGGACGUUAACAUCCAGAGUAAAGAUGGCAAAAGUCCCCUGCACAUGACAGCUGUCCACGGACGGUUCACGCGGUCACAGACCCUCAUUCAGAACGGGGGCGAGAUCGACUGCGUGGACAAGGACGGCAACACUCCGCUCCACGUGGCUGCGCGCUACGGCCACGAGCUUCUGAUUAACACGCUGAUCACCAGCGGGGCCGACACUGCCAAGUGUGGGAUCCAUAGCAUGUUCCCCUUACAUUUAGCCGCCCUAAAUGCCCACUCUGACUGCUGCAGAAAGCUCUUGUCAUCAGGCUUUGAAAUAGAUACCCCAGAUAAAUUUGGAAGAACGUGCCUUCACGCUGCUGCUGCAGGAGGUAAUGUGGAAUGUAUAAAACUCUUGCAGAGCAGUGGAGCGGAUUUCCACAAAAAGGACAAAUGUGGGAGAACCCCUUUGCACUAUGCAGCUGCAAAUUGUCAUUUCCACUGUAUUGAGACUUUAGUGACCACGGGGGCCAACGUCAACGAAACAGAUGACUGGGGGCGGACAGCUCUGCACUAUGCUGCGGCCUCGGAUGUGGACAGAAAUAAGACCGUGUUGGGAAAUGCCCAUGAAAAUUUGGAAGAACUUGAAAGAGCCAGGGAGCUGAAGGAGAAGGAAGCUGCACUAUGCCUGGAGUUUCUGCUUCAACAUGACGCAAACCCGUCCAUCCGGGACAAGGAGGGGUACAAUAGCAUCCAUUAUGCUGCUGCCUAUGGCCACCGGCAAUGUCUGGAGUUGCUUUUGGAAAGAACCAACACUGGGUGUGAAGGGUCCGACUCCGGUGCUACCAAGAGUCCUCUGCACUUAGCUGCCUACAACGGGCACCACCAGGCCUUGGAAGUUCUCCUGCAGUCGCUGGUGGACCUGGACAUCAGGGACGAGAAAGGUCGCACGGCACUGGACCUGGCCGCCUUCAGGGGACACGCGGAGUGUGUGGAAGCGCUUGUCAACCAGGGCGCCUCCAUCUUUGUGAGAGACAGCGUGACCAAGAGGACCCCCCUGCAUGCCUCAGUUAUCAAUGGCCACACCCUGUGUUUACGGCUCUUGCUAGAAAUGUCAGACAACCCGGAAGUGGUGGACGUGAAAGAUGCCAAAGGACAAACGCCCCUGAUGCUUGCAGUCGCAUACGGACACAUCGACGCGGUCUCGUUGCUCCUAGAGAAGGAGGCCAACAUGGAUGCUGCGGACGUGAUGGGCUGCACCGCCCUACACCGAGGGAUCAUGACGGGACAUGAAGAGUGCGUGCAGAUGCUGCUGGAGCAGGAGGUGUCGGUGCUCUGUAGGGACUUCCGGGGAAGGACGCCCCUGCACUAUGCCGCCGCCCGCGGCCACGCCACGUGGCUGAGCGAGCUGCUGCAGAUGGCUCUGGCUGAGGAGGACUGCUGCCUGCGGGACAGCCAGGGCUACACGCCCCUGCACUGGGCCUGCUACCAUGGCAAUGAAAACUGUAUAGAGAUACUUUUGGAGCAAAAAUGUUUCCGUGCGUUCGUGGGGAACCCGUUCACGCCUCUUCACUGUGCAAUAAUAAAUGAUCAUGAGAACUGUGCGUCGAUGCUUCUCGGGGCCAUCGAUUCCAGCAUCGUCAGCUGCGGAGAUGACAGAGGCCGGACACCCCUCCACGCAGCAGCGUUCGGGGACCACGUGGAUUGCUUGCAGCUCCUCUUGCGACACAACGCUCAGGUGAACGCUGUGGACAAUUCGGGGAAGACCGCACUGAUGAUGGCCGCAGAGAACGGGCAGGCGGGUGCCGUGGAUAUUUUGGUGAACAGUGCCCAGGCUGAUCUGACUGUGAAGGAUAAGGACUUGAAUACACCUUUACAUCUGGCCAGUAGUGAAGGUCAUGAAAAAUGUGCCUUGUUGAUACUUGACAAGAUACAAGAUGAAAGCCUUAUUAAUGCCAAAAAUAAUGCACUGCAGACACCCCUCCACAUUGCUGCUCGCAAUGGCCUGAAGGUGGUAGUGGAGGAGCUGUUGGCCAGAGGAGCCUGUGUACUCGCUGUGGAUGAAAAUGGUGUUGGAAUUAGCAGCUCAUGCCUAUUUCUCAGAAGUCACACCCCGGCCCUGGCUUGCGCUCCUAACAAAGAUGUGGCCGACUGCCUGGCCCUCAUUCUGGCUACCAUGAUGCCUUUUUCUCCGUCCAGUGCAAUGACGGCUGUCAACUUCGUUUGUUUUAAAAAAGAUAAUUUGAGCAGGACGACCCUCUCCAACCUGGGUAGCGUGGUUAGCCUGUGCAGUAACGACGUAGGCUCCGAGGACGGGUACAAUGAGAAUGACUCUGAUUCCGAAACCUUUUGACUUGGAACUGUAGGAGCUUUUCCCUGAUCGCACGUGUUGGAGGAAGGGAAGAGGCUUGAUUUCCAGGUUUCUGCCAUGGUCCAGUAUUAUAAUGGGGCCCGAGCUUUGGGAAGCCAGAGGAGGAGGAGGGAGAGCCGCCGCGCUGGAGGGGACACUGGUACAAGGGGUCCUGGUUUGGUUUGGUUUCAUGUUUUCCUUAGCUCCAAGGUACUUCUGUGAAAGUCUACCUCUCAUUUAAGUAAGGAAUAAAACUGUAUUUAAUUCUUUUUCUUUGGGGAUAAUGCAAGGGAGAGGCGGCUGCUCACGGUAAGGAAGCAUCUCAGUGUCGAAUCCGUGUCCCGGGGAGGGAAGGGCAGCCGCGGACAGGAAAUGCCUCCGACCUCUUCUUGCUUUGAUGUUUACUUCCUCACUAGAAGCCAAAGGUAAAGGCAUUCGUCUUCAGAAGUAACGCCAGCUAACGAUCUUUCAAGGCAGUCCAGCUCUUCCUUUCCAGUCUGCAGUGAGCACUUAAAUAUCCAGAACUUCUUUCUGAGGAUCUUUGUUAGUUUCCAGAUGAAUGGGAAUCUUGAACUUGCUUUCGUUGUUUAACACAGAUGUGGCACGCAGAGCUCCCCUAACAAGCCUGUGACUAAUUUUCACCCCGGUGAUUAAAUCCAAGUUGACCUAGUAACAUUCCAGGUGAAAAUCACAUUGCACCAAAACUUUGAGAUGAUAUGCAAACUUAAUACAAAACUACCCUGUUGAUUUGUUCUUAAAUCAAAAUACUAACUUUUUAAAAGCAUCUGAUUCAUCAGCAUUGUUCAUCGCUAGUGAAGUGUUCCGUGAGAGGGGGACUGCGAAAGGGAACCCAGAAUGGGGAGGCGGGUGACACAGGAACAGAAGCCAAUGGCUAGUUGCAUGCUGAUGAAGUCAGCAUAGUGAAUGCUGUGUCUGCUCCCUCUGCCAAAGCUUCUAGGUCAAACGGGCCCCAUUCUGCAUCUGGAAGAGCUGUACGGAAAGAAGAAUGAGACUGAACAGUAAGCACAUCUACAGGAGCACAUGUGCCUGUCUCUAUGUGUGUGCAUGUGGCUCAUCAGCCAGCUGUACGUGAGGACCAAAAUGCUUCAGUCUAAAAUGGAAGAUUUUACAUGUUUGCCUUCAAAGUGCAAGUAAGAACUGAAGCCUCUUUUCCAUGGCAUCCAAAUGUAACCCUUUUUGAGUACCAGUCUUUAUUGUAUUUUAUUUUUCUUAGAACACAGAUUUCCAGCUGACAGCUGGACAUUUGUCACGGAUAAGGUUUUGACCACGGUUUUUUUGCCGAACUAGAGAAGAUGUCCAUACACUUUGGAUGUAAAUGUGUUUAUAUUUAUUUGAAUGAAAGAAAUACGAGGAAACAUCCGCUGUUUGUCCUCUAUUUUCAUUGCUGUGUAUUUUAUUUAGAAUAAUAAUAAUUUUAAAAAAGUAGAAGCCACCGUUGACCCCGGGCCAGCUGGAAGCUCUGGGGACAAACCCAGCACUUCCAAUGCAGAGGUUUCCAUCUGCCCUCAGCCUCUGGCCCAGCCUAUCUGUAGCCAGUUGAGAGCUCAGAAGACACCACAACCCACUCUUCUUCGAGGGGAGCUGGUGUGUGUAGCCUUGUGCACGGAGGUACUGUGAAGAGACACCCAGGAAUUACCCCGCAAACACUGAAAAUCUUUCACGGUCCCAGCAACCCGCCGGGCAAGGCUGCCAGUGCAGGCGCUGUGCUAACAGGAAAAUAAAAUCACCAGCUCAGGUGCAUUUUCCACUGGAGGAAGAGACAGGAAAGAAAUUGGUUUCAUUAGGGCAGAAUUAUUAGACAUUUUAUAAUAGGUUCCGUUGUCACCCUGGAAACACAUGAGAUCAUUUUUAAAACAGUGUCCUCUGCCGUCUGAAUCAAAUACAGACACUCCCUCGUGACAUUUUUCAUCUAGCUGUAAAAGACCUUAGUCUUCCUCCUGUAAUAUCCUGGAUUUAAUUAAAACUCAUUUAAUUAAAUGAGAGCUUGUUCAAAAGUCUCAGAGAACUGGUAUUAAUUUCAUCAAAAAAUGCAACACCACCAAUAUUGUUUUUAAAUUCUUGGUGUGGUGUUUCCCUCCUUCUUCUCCUCUUUUUGUUUACAGAAGAUGAAUUUUUUUAAAGUAGGCAAAUUGCUAAUGAGCAAUGAUGACUUUUUCUUUACCAAAACUCUGAAAAUAAGGGAGCUCCAGUGUCAAAGAAGCAUGAUAUACUGCAGUGUCUUUUUCUAGAAGUGAAUGGAAAUCUCACUCGGUGGCAUUUAAAGGAGGAAGUGAAGUGCUGCAUUCUCCGGAGAGCACAUUAACAUUUUCCCCCAGAGUAGCAGAGUCUAGGACCCUUGUGAGCCGGGCUGUGAUCUAGCAUCAGAUGUCUCCAUGGAGCUGUGCUUGGCAGGAAAUGAAAUCAUGCUCACUGUAACUGACCCUUGAAUCAGUGUCUGGUCUCCCCACCCACCCACCCCUCUGUUUCAUAAGAGAUCAAAUUUUUUUAAGAAAUGACUUUUAAAACUACAGGUUCUGUGUGCUCCAGUUACAUGUCUUAGAGAUAAUGUUUGCAGCAUUGCUUUCUAAAGAAAGAAACCAGAAGGCGUGUUUCUGAGUCUUGGAUGCUUAGUGCUUUUCCUUCAAUGUGUUAUUUUUAGACUCAUUUUUAACCACGGCCACCGGACCGUGUUCACCUCACUUAUCUGUUCACCAGUGUCUGCCUCUUUGGUACAUACAUUUUCUGUCUCCAAAUUGCCUAAAAUCUGCUAUGAUUCUCCAGUAAAUAGCUCAGGGGAUUUCUAUUUAUCACUACUAAAAGGGCACCAUAGUAUGUUUUGGUACUUUAGGCAGUGAACAGCUGCUUGACUUACUCUUUUAUUAUGAGGUUAGAACAAGACCAUUCAAUGGAUUUGCUGCACUAGUUAAUCUUUGUACUGUCCAGCAACUUGGUUUGCUUGUCUGUUGCGCUGGUUGAAGAACUCAUCCCUCUUCUCAUCUUGUAACAUGAAGUUAGAGUGCCUUUUUAUAUUUGUAUAUUCUGAAAAUGUUUCGUGAAACGUUUUGUAUUUUUUCAUUUGAGUGUUAUCAGAGCAAUAUAAUACCAGUGAGGUUUCAUUUCAACCUUUCUUUGAAUGUAGAGUGUGUUUUUUUUCCUACUGCCCCCAUCUCUGCUUUGAAAUGAAAAUGCUGAAGUUUUCUAUAGGAGUUAUGUUUGAUAUUGCAGUGCUAAAAUGCUUUCUUCUCACACAACUGUAAACCCUAGGUCAGUAUUAUAGGAGAAGAGCAUUUUAAGAUAGUGACAAUCUAAGUGUGUGCAUAAAAUGUAAUCAUAUGCAUUUCUUAUGCAGUGACCUAAAGGUUCAAUGCAAGUAUCUUUGGUAGUUUUGUCUACAUCCUUUAUGCUUUCGCAUGUGCAAUAUAUCUUUGCAAAGCACGGUGAUACAAAUCUGGUGCCAGUGUUAUCUUUUGCAUAACAUAUUUGUAACAGCCUAAAAUGUUGUUUGAUGAUUUGGGUGGGAUUUUGUCUGUAAUGUUUUCUUAUGUAAAUCGGAGUUGGAUGACUCUGGUAAAUGUCAUGACUGUAAAAAAAUGAGGAAAACUUGGUUUUAGUUCAGUGAAUGACUUGGAACCAAUCUGACUCUUCUCAAGCACAGUUUAAUACUUUUGCAACUACUGGAUGCUCUCAUAACAUAAUGAAGUACUUAACUGUAUUAUACUAUGGAAAUGCAUUCAGAUGGUUAUUUUUACAAAUAAAAGCGGUACACAUAUUGUUGCAA